CUCCUUCAAAAAUACAGGACGACGAUUCUGAACGUAAUAAUGGAACCGAAGAUACCGGAAAAGAUCUUUCAGGAAAAUCGAAUGUACCUGGUAGUCUUAGUGCCUCUACUGCAAAAGCUACUGUCGCUGUUAGUACAGACCACAAAACGGAUAGUCAUAUAACUGCGUUUCCUGACGGCGAUCAUUUUUCAGGAAUGACAAUUCAUCAAGCAGCACAACAAGGGAAUUUACAUGUUUUGAAAAGCUUAAUUGAGAAUGGAUAUGCCGAGGUUACAGAUAGUGAUUCGCAAAAUGUAACGGCUUUACAUUGGGCUGCUAUCAAUAACCAUGUAAUAGUAGCGAAAUAUUUGAUCGAAAAUGGAGCUGAAGUUAAUGCUUUUGGUGGUGAAUUAGUUGCUACUCCUUUGCAUUGGGCGGCAAGAAAUGGGCAUCUUCCAAUUGUGACCUUGUUGAUCAAUCACGGAGCUGAUCCAAACUUACGAGACUCUCAAGGAUUUAAUGGGCUUCAUCUCGCGACCCAUUCCUCCAAUACUAUGCUAGUUUUAUACCUAAUAUAUCAGGAUAUGGACAUUGAUACACCUGAUACGCUUCAACACACUCCUUUGAUGUGGGCAGCAUAUCAAGGAGAUCAACUAACACUGGAUUUAUUAAUAAGACUCGGUGCUUCAGUCACAAAAGUUGAUACUACAAGUUUUACUCCUUUACAUUGGGCUGUUACUAAGGGAAAUCAUAUGUGUUUAAGAAAAUUAAUAGAAGCUGGCGCUGAUAUAGACGCAAAAGAGAAUAAUGGGAAAACUCCCGCAGAUCUUGCUCAGGAAAUGAGUUCUGAAAAAAUUUGGCAUAGAGCUUUAAGUGAAUCAGGAAGAACAAAGUCUGGGAAAAGAGGAUCAUAUUUAUUUGGUCGACAAGCAACACACGCGAUUAUAUAUUCCAUUCCAUUCUUUGUUCUUUUUUUGGCAUUUCAAACAUUAGCUCGAUAUCCAUGGUUUAUCGGAUUACCUUUAGCAAUAGGUGAAUUUGUUGUGUUCCACAUAUUAAUAGUAAAGGUUCUCAUAAAAGCGCAAGUGCCGGAUGCAAUGAUGAGAACUCCCUAUUUCACGAGCAUAUUUCAAGCAAGUGCGUUUUGGGUUGGUGUAACUUGGCUUUUCAGGAUUUUACUCGUUACAUCUUAUUCACUUGUGGCAAAUAUUGUAUUUAUUAGUUCCUAUGUUGUUGCGUUGUACUCUUUUUAUACGGCCGUAUUGGCAGAUCCAGGGUUUGUUCCAAAAUUGACAUCUCGGGAAGAACAAAAAGAGUUGGUAAUUUGCCUUGCGAACAAAGGAAUGUUAGACGCAAGACAUUUAUGUAUUACAUGCUUGAUUAAGAAACCUCUUCGAUCUAAGCAUUGUAAAAUAUGUGAUAGAUGUGUAGCACGAUUUGACCAUCACUGUCCAUGGAUAUAUAAUUGUAUUGGAGUGAGAAACCAUCGUGCUUUUAUGAUCUUCCUUAUAAUGAUGAUUGUAUCGAUUAUCAGCUAUGAAUAUCUUUGUAUUCGAUACCUUUUGGAUGCAGCACCUACAUAUUUUCCAAAACCAUCUGAACCAUGCUUGUUAAAUGACAUGUUAUGUGGAUUUUUCCAAUAUGAUACAUGGACUAUGUCAUUAGGUAUUUGGGCAGCACUACAACUUACAUGGACCAUUGGAUUGAUUUGUAUGCAGGCUUAUCAGAUUGCUUCAGCAAAAACCACCAAUGAAAUGGCAAAUUUCCAUCGAUAUUCAUAUUUUGGAAAUCGAAAUGGUGGAAAUGUUCGUGAGCAAAUUUUGGCUACGCUCGUUGCAGGGCCUGGAGCAAGUGGUGCUGCACAAGUAGGUGAUAAUGGUGGAGAUGAUUUGACAGCUACUGAAGAUGGAAUGGAUGGAGGAUUUGGAGAUCAUGCUCAAGAACAUCAUAAUUAUCAUGAACAUAGUAGAAUUUUAAGAUUAUUUGGUGGAAAUGGUAAAAGGCGUUCUCAUCAUCAUGCCAGUCACAAUUCCGAUGGAAAUCCAUUCGAUUUUGGAUGCUGGAAUAAUUGUGUAGACUUUUGGUCACAGGGUCAAGGUGGUAUGCUACAAAAUGUCAAUUGGUAUGGACUUUUUGAUGUUCCUCUUGUUGAACGAAGGACUAAUAUGACUUCAAGAAGAACAACUGGUGGAUACAUGGCCGUAAGAGAUGAUGAAGAAAUUGUAUAGAAUUUGAUUUGAUAAUUAUAUUUAAGAAUUAUUUUGUGCCACUAUUAGUACCAUUUUUAAUCAAAAAAUUAUACAUUGUAUCUUUAAAUAUCUUUAGACAGUUGGGAGGUUAAUAAAAAUUGGUCCAUAGAAUAGAUUUCUUGGAACAUAUUAAUUAUUUUAAUAGUUGAAUUUAAGGUUUAUUAAUUAUAAUUAUUAUUUAUUAACAGAUUUUUAAG